ACAAAAUGUCUGAAGUUAAGCAGAGGAAAAAAGGUAUUUCUUCAUCCAAGACCAGUGAAAGUUCACAAAAGGUUGAGAAGCACAGUAAUUGUGGGAAGCUGCCAAGUCCCGGGACCAGCAAUGAUUGGAGUUCCUUUUGGAUGGACUCAAGGACCAGCUUGAGCAUAAUUUCCCUCGCUGUUUGCCUGGUGCUGACCUGGUUCCUAUUUCAGCAGUCAGGUCAAUUUGCUGAUAUGGAAAAAAAGUACAAUUUCUUACAGCAAGAAGCUGAAAAAUUCCUGGACAUGGAAAAUAAAGUUAACUUAAUUUCUGAAAAGUGUGAAAAGACUUGGAACUUAAUGGAACAGAUGGAAGACCUUCAAAUGAUUUCUCACAUUAAACAUGUGCAGGAAGAUAUUUAUACAAUGAAAACAUGGUCUAGCAGCAUAAUUAAAAAACAAGAAGAACUGCAGAAGAAUUUAACAACUCUUUUUCAUGCAGUUUCAAGUGUUGAACAGAAUGCAGCUUCUGUAGCAAAAAACGUAACUUUGACGAUCGCGACAGUAAAAACUGACAUAAGGCGCAUUUCAGGCCUAGUCUCAGAUAUGACUGCAUUGACAGAUUCUUUGCAAACACUAGAAGAUAAAGUAGAAAAAGGUGAAAAGACGACGGUAAAAAAUAUAGGUGACCUGCUUACCAGUAGCAUCGACCGAAGUACAAAACUACAGAGCUUGGCAUCCAGUAACGCAAGAAAAAUUGAGCAAAUUAAGACAGCAUUAUCUGAGUUAAGGAGUGGUUUUAACAAGCAUUCGGAUAGACUUUUGAAUCUCGAAGGUGACAGAGCAAAAGUUCUGAAGACGGUUACAUUUGCAAAUGAUUUAAAACCCAAGAUGUACAAACUUAAAAAGGAUUUUGCCAUCUUGGAGCCAUUAAUAAAUGACCUAACACUGAGAAUAGGAAGAUUAGUAGAGGAGGUAUUACGACGGGAGAAGGAAAUUGCUUUACUGAAUGAGAAAUUGGCCAAUCUAACAAGAGUUCAAACUGAGAUCAAAGAUAUGAAAGAUGAAAUAACCAAGAUUUCAGACAUGAACUGAUCACUGUGAAAUGUCACUGCCUAAAGAAUACUAGUUCGAGGAGCGUUAACCCCAUCACGUGUAGUACUAAGAAGACAGACAAUAUUUAAAGGCUUCAUUGAGAAGCACACCGAAACUUAACUAGAGAUUUGUCCUCUUCCUUUGAAAAGGACAGAAAAAAAGUCAUACUGAAUUCAAGGGACAAGCUAUAAUGUGAGCAAAAAACAUGUCUCUGUGCAUGUAUUUGUCUUUCUGAAGGAUGACAGAUGCUAUAUUUAAUAAAUUGCUUGUUUUCUACAAUAAAACAGUGUUAAAGCAUAAAAUGUUCUUACCUUUCGAGUUUGCUUUCAUGAAGGAAGCAGGACCCAAGACUGACGUAUCUUCAGCUUUCCUUUCCUGCUCCAAAGGAAGGAACAAAAUUGUUGUUUCCAGAUAGAGUUAAACAAGAGUUAGUCAAACUGCAGUAGCAAUUUAAUAUUUGUCUCAAUAUAGUCACUCUAUGAUUUUUGUAAACUUUUGCACUUUUUUUUUAAAUAGUCAAUAUUUAAAGAGGUAAAUGCAGUGAAGCAAGCAACGCCCAGAAGUAUUGCCGAUGCCUCGCAAAAAGUUUGUCACACAUUUAGAUGGAAUAAUUUGUAUAAGGUUUUCUGUGAGGCUUUAUAAUUUUAAAUUAUAAUUACCAUGCAGCACUGUUAUGUCUUUAAAACACAGAACUCUAUAUGGGGACAGUGUUUUGAAAGACCGACUAGCCCUACUGAUGGCUUUCUCCCAGUGUCACGGUAUCUGUUCAGGAAUCCUAACAGUGUUAUUCAUUCAUUGUUUCUUAGCCCACAAAAUACUAUAGUGAGCAGCAGAAUUAGCAAAGAGAAGCUACUUAGGUCCCAAAAGGUUAGACUGAUAGGAGCCACUGGCAGUAUUUCUGUGGUUAUUCUGUGGUUAGCAAGAGUUUAAGAGAUCUGAGACAUUUGAAAACGCAGUAGACUGAAGUAACAAGAUAAUGGGUUUAGCAGAGGAUAGGGGGGAAAGUGCAUUAAAUAGGAAUAAAAAUGACUAUAAAAAACAAUUAGGAGAGGUACAGCAAUUAAGAAAAUCCCUAUAAAUGAAAUUAUAUCACGAAGUAUAAGCAUACAGUAAGGCCUUUAUAACUUCUCAAUUUUUUAGUUGGUCAUACCUGAACAUCUUGCAGCUACUAGGCUCUUGACUGUAUGGAAGAUACAACCAUUCCACUCUCUCACUGUUCUCAUCCUCACUCAGCAUUCUGUAUCUUUUGGCCUGCUUCAUGGUGCUGGUCUUCCGUACCCUGCUUGCUUCGUUGCCCUCAGUCAACCUCAAACAUACUGUUUCAUCAAGUUUUCCUCUUUUUGGUAGAGGUCCAUUCCUACUUCCCAAUUUUCUCUUACCCCUUCCCAGUCCACCUGACAGACUGCAAGGAUAAACCUGUCAAAAGACAAGUUUUCCUAGAAAGCAUCCACAGAUACUAUUUACCAACCGGUGUCCCUUUGGCUCUUUCACACAAUUCUUAAGCAAGCCCCUGAAAAUAACCAAAUGGCAUUUGAAGGAGACAGAAAAAUUAAAGAACAUCCGGAAUGAUCAGCCAUGCUAAAGCAUGCGUUGUGUAUCAUACCUGAAAAUAUAUAUAUAUACAUGCACAUACAUACGCCACAAGAGUUUGGGAUUUAUGUAAUAAAUAUAUCUCAUUUGUAUAUUAAAGCUGGAUAUUCACUGAAUCCACCAAUCCUGGUUUGGUUUUUUUGUGUGCAAGCUCAUGUUAGUGCCGUCAAGGAGAGCACUUGGCACAAUAGACAUGGCUACCAAAAGAACAUUGAUAGAGCUGUGUGAGAAAUCUAUCUUAAGCGCCUUUCGCUACGGCCCAUAUGAUGCGGUUAACAGUUACCAGUGGAUUAACUGCAUCAUGGGCUAUAGCAAUUUUAUUUAUUUUGUUUUCAACUUUAUGAAUGAAUCAUUUGUGGUCAGUAGCCAGUAAAAAUCUGGAGAGGCAGAACUGGAGAGCCAGUAGGGCACUAUCUACACAAGUGAAGAGAAGUGGAAAAUAGGCUCCAGCUGCACAGUUAAUCAGAGAAGUCUUGACGCAGCAACGAGUUCUUUCUGGAUGAAAAGAGCAUGCUUGUUCUUUGGAAUAGUAACCAGAAAAUAAGCCAGGAUAAACAACUGUUGAUUUCACUUUCAACCCCCAAAUCAAUAACCUCCAAAUCUUAGAACACAUCUACCAGUGAAAAGCUGAGUAUACAGUCCUGUUCAUGGUCUCCAUGGGAAGUCAAGUAUGCAAAAAAUGUUACCGAACCAUUAAUUUAUCUAGAGACAUAUGCAGACCACCCACCCUUCCUUCCCAGGAAGUGCAGGUCCAAAGCAUUAUGAUCCUUUCAGAAAUUUUGUUGCUACAAGCAAGAGAGAAAAAGUUUAAGUCACAGAGAAAGUCUACUUGGAAAAAAAAAAAAAAUCUGGAUCAGAAGUUUACACACCCACUGUAUUGUCCUCAGAAAUAAGGUGAGUGAUCAGUAAUUCCCCCAUAAUCUCUUGCACAGGUAUUGCAAAUCUUCAUUUGCCUUUCAAGCACACACCUCUGCUAUACUAAAAAAUUAAAUGCGAGUUUUAGAGUUGCUUUGUAAUUACAGUGGUCUGAGGACAGAGGCAAAGCUCUUUCUACAGUGGAAAAGAUGAGGCAGAGUGUGAGGUAUUUUUCAUAAAUUUAAAGCAGACUACUAACCUCGCCUCCUUGGUUUAGUACUCAGCGGUGGGGAGAGUAUACUGUAGCCCAGUAAAACUACAACCCCUUACUUAGUCCAUUUUCUAGGGGCACUCAACGGUACUCUCUACAAUUUUAUUAAGUGAUUGAGAGAUUCAGGUAAUAAUGAAAAUUACAGCUAUGCUACUCUUUUAAGGUAUCAUCCCAUGCAGCCCAACCUGUAGCUAUACUCAGGACAUCUUUGCUUUUAACUUAGUAUGCAGGCAUAGAACUGGCCAAUUAUAUUCUUGCCAACAACUCACAAGGAAAAAAAAAAAACCAAACCCAAACAAAACAGUAACAGCAUUAAGUGAUCAACGCUGAAAAACGACGCGAGCAAAGUAAUCCCAACACACUAAAAUCUACUUUGAGACACCAGAACAUCAGCUCAGCCAAGAAGUUUCUGAUAGCGACAUCCUUCUCCCACAUCACUCGAGUUACAAAAAUCACAUCCUGUAACAAGGCCACGUACCUACUAAGCUCAGCUAUCCAAGGUACUCAUAUUUGCUAUAAAAAAAAGCAGGAUGUUUAUUGUUUUCACUGUGAACUACAUCAUUUCUAUGUAGAAAUGCAAAUGAAUUACAACUAUUUGUAUCAUUACAUCCCAUUUUAAAAUGAUAUGUAACAAGCAUUUCAGCAAGUAUCGGCAACAUCAGCACGUUUGACUUGCAGUACAAUCUGAUAUAAAAACAGGGUGUGAAUGGAGCUGUUAUUCCAAAUUUAGAUAGACAGUACGCUUUAAACCAGAAAGCUGAUCUCAGCUCCAGUAAUAGCAAGAAAGGAUGUGUUCCCCUUCAUAAAACAAUAUACACAAGCAGCAUAUACAUAACCCAUAUUUUACAAAGCACUUUUGGGUUUAGUGACUGCUCUGGAGCUAAGUUAUACUUGGUUCAAAACGGAGUGCUCCUUUUCGAUACAGGACUUUCCUGGCAAUGAAAGCACAAGCCCAUCUGAAGCACCGCGGCUCCCCUGCCCCGUGUUCUCAACUUUCAGAAAACGUACCAUGCGUUACGCUACAAAGCACGGUUAUCGAUGACAAAGUUGACCUAUUAAAUGCAUUAUACUACUACAGUUUUCCCACUGGAGCUUAUUUAAAAUACCAGUGGGAGACCCUUUAAGCAGCAGCAUUUUAUAUGUCAAACCCCUUCAUCUCAAGCAUCCGAACAAGCCUAUGCCUGAACAUCAGUGCAGUCAGCAGCUGCAAGGCAAUUCUCUCCCCCUCUCGGGUUUUCCACUGAAACACAACACUGGAAGUAGCACUAAGUGUAUUUUCCCUUUCUCAGUUACAAAAGAACAGAACAGCUAGCUGCCCCUUGUAGUCUUAUCCCAGAUUUACCUCAAUAAAGUUAUCCGAGCAUCUUUAAGAUAGUUUCAGGUCUACCCUUGAGCAGUAAGAAAAUGGAUUUAAGAUUCUCUUAUUACUUACUGCACACAUUUAAAACCGCUGCACAAAGGUGACCCAAUUCUAGAGAAAAAUUGCGUGAUUUUGCUCCACACACAGAAUGACAAGAAACAGCCUUGAGAAAUUUAGCUUAUCAUUGGAUUACUUGACAAUCGGGCUACCUCACUGCACACGCCAAGUUUGUCUCAUUCUUCUGCCAGCCUUAAAAGUUGGCAAAAGCGCUUCACUUUCCCAGGAUUAGAAGGAACUCGAGAUGUUUUCCAGCAAACAAAGUCUACUGAGUUAAAGUGCACCUUUAAAGAAACUAUGAUAUUCAGUACACAAAAGUGACACUACUUUUUCUAACAAGUUGAACCACAUACAAAAGUUAACUUCAAUAGCUGAUGUAACAUCAGUGGUCUUGAUACAAGAUCAAGUCAUAGUUAAUGCUCUUCUCCAAGGAAGCUCUUAGGAGCAUUUAAUGAUUCAUUAAAUAAUUUCAAAGCUUCCCACUCACGAUGGGGCAACAAGAUGUACAUACUUAUAUCAUGAAAUAUAUUUAAUUCAACACCAAAGUACUUGUACAAAUGCUUUAUUUACACUUACGGAAUUUGACUUUGCUGUAUAACGCAGUUAAGAUACCAACCGCUCUAAGAAUGUGUUUAGUGUCACGGUGACAGGGAAACAGAGCAGUUUUAGAUUUUACUCCAUGUUUUGAAAAGGCGGCAACUCAAAAUAAGGCUCAGCUUGUUUAGCACAACCAUCCAAAAAUCUCGGAAUGCGGAGGGUUUUCCCAGGGGGUGAGAAGCUCAGCGCUAUGUAAAUUGGUAGCAGGAACAUCAGACUCCAGCAAGAUGCAGCAGUCAGUAUAUUUAUGCUACUCCAAUGGCGCCUGCUUUAAUUGUCCUUUUGACUCUAAAGGACACAAGUAAGGAGGAAGGAGCAGUACAACAUACGUGAAUGCCAAGCCAAGUUCGGCAUCAUCAGCUCACAUGCUGAAAGGCAGCACAUCCAAACAGUUUUGCACAGACACUUAUGCUCCAGCUCUUAACAAAGUAGUAGUGGAUACGGUGAAGCCUUUAUAUCCUAUUAGGCAUUUUCUGGAUUUUUCUCAAUGCGAUUAUCAACUGUGGGUUUCUUGAACAGGCAAAACACUGAAGGCAGCAUGCUUAUCUUUCUGUAAAAGACUGAAAAAACCAAAUUCUUUGCCUUAACAAAAACAUUGUGUGUGUCUCCUCUUCUAUGCCUAGGAGACUAGAUUUUUCUCUUCACAUCAAGUAAGGUCCAAAAAAAAAAAAGUACGGCUUCUUGCACUGCAGAAGUGCAUGGUUCAACCAAAACUCAGCAUUACAGUUAAACUAAUU